AUGGCUGGUGUUUCUGUGCGCGAGAUGACAACCAACUUUGGGAAGUUAGACAAGUUUGAAGAGGUCGAUUUCAGAAGAUGGCAGAAGAAGAUGCACUUUCUUCUCACAACACUCAAUGUUGUUCAUGUUCUAAGCAUGCCGAUGCCUCUUGUGACGGUAGAUCCAGCAAGUGAGGAAUAUGCAGAGCAAGCAAGGAGACAACUCAAAUGGAAGAAUGAUGACUACAUCUGUCAUGGACACAUUCUCAACGGUAUGUCUGAUUCUCUGUUUGAUGUCUAUCAAAAUGUCCAAUCCGCAAAGGAGUUGUGGGAUGCGUUGGAAGCAAAGUACAUGGCAGAGGAUGCUUCUAGUAAGAAGUUCCUUGCGAACUUUAAAGUACCAGAAGGAAGAGUUGUCUUUGGUACAACUUGGCAGCCACUUGCGCAUAGAGGAUUCUCUGAGAUGCAAGAGGGUGGAAAACCCAAAGUGGCUGAGGCUUCUUCUAUCAACAUGAUGGAGGAAAAUGAUGAUUCUAAGUGGAAGAAUAAAGGGAAGAAGCGUCCUUUUAACAACAACACUCACAAUCGAUCCAACAAGAGGUCUAAGCCUGUCUGUUGGAAUUGUAACAAGUCUAGUCACUUCAAAAGUGAUUGUAGGGCUGGAAAGGAUAAGGAUAAGGCGCCUCAAAAUCGUUUUGGGCAAGGGUCUAAGGAUCAAGGCCAAUCACCACAACAAGGUCAGAUUUCUGAGAUUGAUACAUUCCCUAAAGUGUAUUAUGUAUCAAAGAUAUCUGAUGCAUGUUAUGUGCAGGAUGAUGAUGUGUCGUGGUGGAUUGACUCGGGUGCAACAACACAUGUUUGCAAAGAUCGUGGCUGGUUCAAGACUUAUGAAGCAGUGCAAGAUGGAUCUGUUCUUUAUAUGGGCAACGAGUCAACUGCUCCUAUCCUUGGUCGUGGAAAAGUAGUGCUGGAGUUUAGUUCUGGAAAAUCUCUUCAUCUUGAUGAUGUUAUUCAUUCUGUGGGUAUAAUACAUGAGGUCACAGCUCCUUAUACACCACAACAAAAUGGUGUAUCUGAGAGGAAGAACAGAGUCCUUAAAGAAAUGGUUAAUUCCAUGUUAUCCUACUCUGGAUUGAGUGACGGUUUCUGGGGUGAGGGCAUGUUAACAGCAUGUUACUUGUUGAACAGAGUUCCUAACAAAAGGAACAAGAUAACCCCAUAUGAACUUUGGUACAAAAAGAAGCCUAACUUGAACUACCUUCGAGUUUGGGGCUGCAGGGCUGUAGUAAGACUACCCCAACCAAAGAUAAGAACUUUGGGAGAAAGAGGUAUUGAUUGCAUCUUUAUUGGUUAUGCUGAGCAUUCCAAGGCUUAUAGGUUCUAUGUCAUUGAACCUAAUGAUUCUAUAGCAGUUCACACUGUGAUUGAGUCAAGAGAUGCAAUAUUUGAUGAGAAUCGUUUCACAUCAAUACCUAGACCAAAGGAUCUGGUUUCGUUUGGAACUGGACAAGGAGAUGGUACAAACGUACGUUCCAACAUCUCGGCUUGUGUUCCAACAACCAGCGAGUCACCUGUACUUCGUAGAAGUAAGAGAGGAAGGAUUGAGAAAUCAUUUGGUCCUGAAUUCCAAAUUUAUUUGGUAGAAGGUUCAAGAGAUGAGAUUGUUCUACAAUACUCAUAUUGUUACCUAGUUGGUGAUGAACCUAGGACAUUCAGUGAAGCUAUGGCUUCCAUAUUGAUGCUGCUUUCUGGAAAGAAGCUGUAA